AUGAGUCGGCAACUGAGCGUCAAGUCCGGUGGCAACAAGGGCAGCUUCAGUGUGCACUCGGCGGUGGUGCCCAGGAAGGCCGUGGGCAGCCUGUCCUCCCACCGUGCCGCGGGCAGAGGGGCUGGGCCUGGCUUCGGCAGUAGGAGCCUCUACAACUUCGGAGGGAAUCGGCACGUUUCUUUCAAUGUGGCUGUCAGCGGCCUUCGGGCUGGAGGGUAUGGCUUCGGGCAUGGGGCUGGAUAUGGUGGGGGACGGGCCAGUGGCUUUGCUGGCAGCAUGUUUGGUAGCAUGGCCCUGGGGCCCGUGUGUCCCUCCAUGUGCCCACCUGGGGGCAUCCACCAGGUCACCGUCAACAAAAACCUCCUGGCGCCCCUCACCGUGGAGCUGGACCCCGAGAUCCAGAAGGUGCGCGCCCAGGAGCGGGAGCAGAUCAAGGCUCUGAAUGAUAAGUUCGCCUCCUUCAUCGACAAGGUGCGGUUCCUGGAGCAGCAAAACCAGGUUCUAGAAACCAAGUGGGAGCUGCUGCAGCAGCUGGACCUGAGCAACUGCACGAAGAACCUGGAGCCCAUCCUCGAGGGCUACAUCACCAGCCUACAGAAGCAGCUGGAGGCGCUGGCUGGGGACAGGGUGAGGCUGGACUCCGAGCUGCGCAGCAUGAGGGACCUGGUGGAGGACUACAAGAAGAGGUUUGAGGUGGAGAUUAACCAGCGCACAGCAGCUGAGAACGAGUUUGUGGUGCUCAAGAAGGACGUAGAUGCAGCCUAUGCAGGCAAGGUGGAACUUCAGGCCAAAGUGGACUCUCUGGACAAAGACAUCAAGUUCCUCAAGUGCCUGUACGAUGCGGAGAUUGCCCAGAUCCAGACUCACGCCAGUGAGACCUCCGUCAUCCUGUCCAUGGACAACAACCGGAACCUGGACCUGGACAGCAUCAUCGCCGAGGUCUGCGUCCAUUAUGAGGAGAUCGCCCUGAAGAGCAAGGCUGAGGCCGAGGCCCUGUACCAGACCAAGAUCCAGGAGCUGCAGCUGGCGGCCAGCCGGCACGGAGACGACCUGAAACACACCAAGGGCGAGAUGUCGGAGCUGAGCCGGCUCAUCCAGAGGAUCCGGGGUGAGGUCGGGAACGUGAGGAAGCAGUGCACCAACCUAGAGACCGCCAUCGCCGAUGCUGAGCAGCGGGGAGACUGUGCCCUCAGGGAUGCCCGGGCCAAGCUGGAUGAGCUGGAGGGCGCCCUGCACCAGGCCAAGGAGGAGCUGGCACGGAUGCUGCGUGAGUACCAGGAGCUCAUGAGCCUGAAGCUGGCCUUGGACAUGGAGAUCGCCACCUACCGGAAGCUGCUGGAGGGCGAGGAGUGCAGGUGA